AUGAAAGUUUGUGAGAUAAAAGAGAUAUGCCCUUACCUAUUUGGGGGCCUAGGGCUGGGGGUGCUCCUGUUCCUCUCUGUGGUCGUUCUGUCCGUCUGCCUGUGUCGGCUCCGUGGGAGAGUGAGGAGGCUGGAGAGGAGCUGGGCCCAGCUCUCACAACAGGAGCUCCACUAUGCGUCCCUGCUGAGGCUGCCUGAACGGGAGGGACCUGACCUCAGCGACCAAGAAAGGGAAGGCAGCAAGGAGGACCCCAGCACGGACUACGCCUGCAUUGCCAAGAACAAACCCACCUGA